AAAAUAUCCUGGUCAUCCUUGCAUUCUUAUUUUUCUUGGCUGUGAUUGCUUUAAUCACAGUGGGACUAACCCAGAACAAGACACUGCCAGAAAAUGUUAAGUAUGGGAUCGUGCUGGAUGCUGGCUCUUCUCACACCAACAUGUACAUCUACAACUGGCCAGCAGAGAAAGAGAAUGACACUGGAGUGGUACAACAGGUGGAAGUGUGCAAGGUACAAGGUCCGGGCAUCUCAGGAUAUUCCCAGAAUGUGAAAGAUGUAGGCUUUUACCUCAACAAAUGCAUGGACAGAGCUCAGCAAGUGAUUCCUGAGGAGCAGCACCAGAAGACCCCUGUUUAUCUCGGAGCCACAGCUGGCAUGAGGUUGCUCAGGCUGGAGAGCAGCGACCUGGCAGACAGAGUCCUGGCAGCUGUGAGACAGAGCCUCACUUCUUAUCCUUUUGAUUUCCAAGGGGCCAGGAUCAUCACUGGCCAGGAAGAAGGUGCCUAUGGCUGGAUUACCAUUAACUACUUGUUAGGCAAAUUCAACCAGAAUAUCAGCUGGCUCCGUUUUCUGCCCAGAAGAGAAGGUCCUCAGGAAACCUCCGGGGCCUUGGACCUUGGAGGAGCCUCGACACAAAUAACUUUCGUGCCCCUCAACGAGCAGAUUGAGUCCCAAGACAAUUCCCUACACUUCCGUCUCUAUGGCAAGAACUAUGAUGUAUAUACACACAGCUUCCUGUGUUAUGGGAAGGAUCAGGCUCUCCGGCUAAAACUGGUCAGCAAUAUUCAGGAUGCAGAGAAUGAAGUCUUAAAUGAACCCUGCUUCCACCCUGGCUAUAAAAGAGUUGUGAACAUAAGUGAGCUCUUCAACACACCCUGUAUCAAAGAGGAUGAGAAAUCCCUUAAGUUUCGGAAACUUGUUGUAAUGGGCACUGGAAACUACUCAGCAUGCAGGCAGAGCAUUCAAAAGAUCUUCAACACCACCUAUUGUCCUUACUCAAGGUGUUCUUUCAAUGGGGUUUUCCUACCACCCUUACAAGGAGAUUUUGGGGCCUUUUCUGCCUUUUACUUUGUGAUGGACUUCCUGAACUUGACUGAGCCAGGUUCUUCUUUGGAAAAGAUGAUUACCAAAAUACAAAACUUCUGCUCUGAACCCUGGGAUGAGCUAAAAACACAAUUUCAUAACAUCAAAGAAAAGUACCUCAGUGAAUAUUGCUUCUCUGGAACCUACAUUCUUACCCUCCUACGGCUAGGAUAUGGAUUCAGUGAGGACAACUGGAAAGAUAUUCAGUUCAUGGGCAAGAUCAGUGGAAGUGAUGCUGGAUGGACCUUGGGUUACAUGCUGAACUUGACCAACAUGAUCCCAGCAGAGCAGCCUUUGUAUCCACCUCUCUCCCAUUCGACGUAUGUCUUCCUCAUGGUCCUCUUCUCCCUGGUCCUAGCUGGUGUUUUCUUCAUUGGAUGGCUUAUCUUUAGAAAGCCUUCAUGCCUCCAGAAAGGAACUGUAUAGCAAGUCUAGCUGAGAUCAGCUGGGUUAGAGCAUGGUUGAAACUCUUAGAGGGCGGACUUUUCUCCCUCCUGCACUUUCAUGCUGCACUUCUUCAUGGGGGUCAAUCUUACCAGCCCAAUGCUUCCCUUGACUUCUGCUGCAGAAUUUUUCUCAGGAGGGUAUCUUGCCAUCUG